AUGAUGAAGUUUCCUAAAGGUCAAUUUUUAAAUACUCUCUAACUUUUUAAAAUAAUUAUUUAGAUAAAGAUUUUAAAGAAUAUUUAAGAAUACUCUUAGUAGGAGUGUUAGCUCAUUUGGUAGAGUGCUUGAUUUUCCAAUUAAGAGGGAGGGAUCGAAGCCCUGCACUCCAAACUUUUUUAUAUUUAUAAAAUAUUUUUAUCCAGUUUAGGAAGUGUCUUCAAUGUUAGGUUCAAUUUAAGUGAAAGUAUAUAUCAAUUUUUAGACUUAGGAAUACCCAAUCUUUGAUGUUAAGAAAGGUGUAUUAACUAAGAAAAAAGUAAAAUUCCAUAUUAUGAUGAUGAAGAAGUUGAAAUCAAGUUUGAAUGUGAAGAAUCUUAAUAUUGUACUGCUAAUGAAAAGAUUUUAAAGAUUUCACCAAAAGGUUUUUAUAAUAAUCUAUGUUUAGGACUUGAUUUAUUAAGAAUUAGAAUUUUGGUUCCAAAUAAUUUUUAAGAUAAUUAGAUAUCAUUAACAGUUGAUGCUUAUGAUAAUCAUACUGGUUUAAUAAAAUGGAAGAUCAUAUUUAAAUUAAAUAUUGUGA